AUGUCGUCAGCAAAGGCCAAGGCACAGAACAUCAUCGACCAGAACGGCGUUGGUAUGCAACCCCUUCACCAUAACAGCCUUGUGGCCGACUUGCUGACCCUCUGCNNAGCCGUCUUCUCCAAGUCGUACUGCCCCUACUGCAAGGCCACCAAGGAGCUCUUGUCCAAGUCCGGCGCCAAGUUCUACGCUCUUGAGCUCGACCAGAUCGAUGACGGUGCCGACAUCCAGAACGCCCUCGCCGAGAUGACCAGCCAGCGCAGCGUGCCCAACAUUUUCAUCAACAAGGAGCACAUUGGCGGCAACUCGGACAUCCAGGCCCUCAAGAAGGACGACCUCAAGAGCAAGCUCACCGCUGCCAGCGCCUUGUAA